CGAAACUCGUGCAAGGCGGACGCGAACUUUCACCCGCUGCGGACCAGAAAACAGAUAACCCCGAAGAACAAAACAAUAAACAGUCAACUAAGACCAGAAGAAGCCCAAUAUCCAAAAACCCCAAAAAGCAGUAACUCCCUCUUAUAACACCAUCGCCAUAGAGGUGACACGACCCCCGUGGCCCCCGUGGGUGGCAAUUGGACAACAAACAAAAAUCAAAACAAAAAGCGCAAGUUUCGUAAAAAAAAAAGUUUGCAAAAAUCAGCGCCGCACGCGCUUUUUUGUGUUUUUUUUUUUUUGCAAAUCGGGAACCUCCUUGCUAGUGCAGCGCUUUUGUUUUCCUUUUUGUUUUUUUUUAUGAAUUUGUUUUUAUUAAGAUUUAACUUUAAAAAUUCUAAAAUAAUUAAGAAACAAUAUUAACGCGCGUGCAAUCCAAAAUAUGAAUAUAUUUUUUGGUAUUUUUUUUUGAAUGUGUUUUUGUUGUUAUUUACAUAGCGGUGUAAAUUAAAGUGCAAAACCAAAACAAAAAAAAAAGUUAAAAAAAAAAUAAAAUAAAAACACAAACACACACACAGAGAAAGAGAAAGAGAGAGAGAGCCAGCCAUAAACAAAUCAACAAAACAGAAUUUAAAUCACAAAACACACACGUGAAGGAGCCAGCCAGCCAGGAGGCGAAAACGAGGGGUGGGAGCCCAAGAGCAAGAAGCAGAAAAGUUCAUCGCAAAUCCUGCGCCCAGCUUUCUCUUCAAAAGGGCUGAAUCGCAAAGAUUAUAAAAACUAAACCAAAAAACCAACUAAAUUUAUAAAAUUAAAAAGAAAAAUCUGGAAUUAUAAAGAAAAACUUAAACAGAAUCGAACCAAGUUCAAUUAUUCUGAGCGUUUUUCUGUUUUAUUUAUUUUAUUUGUCUUGCGGAAACAGAGACAAUGUGAUCUACAAUAAAUGCAAUUGUAAAUAUAUACAUACAUAAAUACCUAUUAAAAAGUAAACAAAAUAAUCGUUAAUCGAUAGCCCGAAAUCGAUAAUCGAUAGACAGCAAAUGAGAUUAUCGAAAAUGUCCAAGAGCCAAGUUUGAACUGCGGGACAGAUCUAGAUCUGGACUAGAUAUAUUUCAUAUAUAUAUAUCGCAUGAGAACGGAGACAUUUUUGUGUUGUUCCGGUAACGGAAAGGAAGAGGAAACGGAAACUGAAACUGAAACAGUCGAGAAAACGGAAAAAGGAAGCGGAACCGAAGCGGAAACGGAAGUGGAAGUGGUAGCGUUUGCGUUAGCGGAAACCAAAGUCAAAUUGAAAGCCGGAAGUGAGCAAUAAUGACCAAGAAGUACGAGUUCGAUUGGAUCAUUCCGGUGCCACCGGAACUGACCACGGGCUGUGUCUUCGAUCGCUGGUUCGAGAACGAGAAGGAAACCAAGGAGAACGACUUUGAGAGGGAUGCCCUCUUCAAGGUUGACGAGUAUGGUUUCUUUUUGUAUUGGAAGAGUGAAGGAAGGGAUGGCGAUGUCAUUGAAUUGUGCCAAGUGAGCGAUAUUCGUGCAGGAGGCACGCCAAGGGAUCCCAAGAUACUCGACAAGGUGACAAAGAAAAACGGAACCAAUAUACCAGAGCUGGAUAAGCGAUCUCUCACGAUCUGCUCGAACACGGACUAUAUCAAUAUAACAUAUCAUCAUGUUAUUUGUCCAGAUGCGGCAACAGCCAAGAUCUGGCUAGAUGGCAUACGAAAAAUCACACAUAAUGUCAAAGCGAACAAUAUCUGCCCCAUGAUGUGUCUGCGGAAACAUUGGAUGCGUUUGAGUUAUUGUGUGGAGAAAAGCGGCAAGAUUCCGGUUAAAACAUUGGCCAAAACCUUCGCCUCUGGCAAGACGGAGAAGCUGGUGUACACUUGCAUCAAGGAUGCAGGACUUCCGGAUGACAAAAACGCCACCAUGACCAAGGAGCAGUUCACCUUCGAUAAGUUCUAUGCACUUUACCACAAGGUCUGUCCACGAAACGAUAUCGAGGAGCUCUUUACGUCUAUCACCAAGGGCAAACAAGAUUUUAUUAGUCUAGAGCAGUUUAUCCAGUUCAUGAACGACAAACAGCGAGAUCCUCGAAUGAAUGAGAUUCUGUUUCCUCUCUACGAGGAGAAGCGAUGCACGGAGAUCAUAAACGACUACGAGCUGGAUGAGGAGAAAAAGAAAAGUGUUCAAAUGUCGCUGGAUGGAUUCAAGCGCUACCUGAUGUCCGAUGAGAAUGCGCCAGUGUUCCUGGACCGUUUGGACUUCUACAUGGAGAUGGAUCAGCCUCUGGCCCACUACUACAUAAAUAGUUCGCAUAACACCUACCUGUCCGGUCGACAGAUCGGUGGAAAGAGCUCGGUGGAAAUGUACCGCCAGACCCUGUUGGCGGGAUGUCGCUGCGUGGAACUGGAUUGCUGGAAUGGAAAGGGCGAGGACGAGGAGCCGAUUGUGACUCACGGUCACGCCUACUGCACGGAAAUUCUCUUUAAGGACUGCAUUCAGGCGAUUGCAGACUGCGCCUUUGUGUCCUCGGAGUACCCGGUGAUACUGUCCUUUGAGAACCACUGCAACCGAGCCCAGCAAUACAAGUUGGCCAAAUACUGUGAUGACUUCUUCGGCGACCUGCUGUUGAAGGAGCCGCUGGCGGAGCAUCCGCUGGACCCAGGACUACCGCUGCCGCCGCCGUGCAAGCUAAAACGCAAGAUCCUGAUCAAAAACAAGCGCAUGAAGCCGGAGGUGGAGAAGGUCGAGCUGGAGCUCUGGCUGAAGGGCGAGCUGAAGACGGACGAUGACCCGGAGGAGGAUGCCAGUGCGGGCAAGCCUCCCGAGGCGGCCGCCGCCCCUGCCCCAGCACCGGAGGCUGCCGCCGCCGAGGGUGGUGCCGCCGAGGGAGGGGGUGGCGCAGAGGCCGAGGCAGCUGCCGCCAACUACAGUGGAUCCACCACCAACGUACACCCCUGGCUCUCGUCCAUGGUCAAUUAUGCCCAGCCCAUCAAGUUCCAGGGCUUCGAUAAGGCGAUCGAGAAAAACAUUGCCCACAACAUGUCAUCGUUUGCGGAAUCGGCGGGCAUGAACUAUCUGAAGCAGAGCUCCAUCGACUUUGUCAAUUACAAUAAGCGCCAGAUGUCUAGGAUCUAUCCGAAGGGCACCAGGGCGGACUCGUCGAACUACAUGCCGCAGGUGUUCUGGAACGCCGGCUGUCAGAUGGUGUCCCUCAACUUCCAGACCUCCGAUCUGCCCAUGCAGCUCAACCAGGGCAAGUUCGAGUACAACGGAGGAUGCGGCUACCUCCUGAAGCCGGACUUUAUGCGGCGUGCGGACAAGGACUUUGAUCCGUUUGCCGAUGCCCCCGUGGACGGUGUGAUUGCCGCCCAGUGCUCUGUCAAGGUGAUAGCCGGGCAGUUCUUGUCGGACAAGAAGGUGGGCACCUACGUGGAGGUGGACAUGUUCGGCCUGCCCUCGGACACGGUGAAAAAGGAGUUCCGCACCCGGUUGGUGCCCAACAACGGCCUCAACCCGGUCUACAACGAGGAUGCGUUUGUGUUCCGUAAGGUGGUGCUCCCCGAUCUGGCCGUGCUUCGGUUCGGAGUGUAUGAGGAGAGCGGCAAGAUGAUCGGCCAGCGUAUCCUGCCGCUGGAUGGACUGCAGGCGGGCUAUCGGCACGUGUCCCUGCGCACGGAGGCCAACUUCCCCAUGUCCCUGCCGAUGCUGUUCGUCAAUAUCGAACUUAAGAUCUACGUACCUGACGGCUUCGAGGACUUCAUGGCCAUGUUGUCGGAUCCCCGAGGAUUCGCCGGAGCGGCCAAGCAGCAGAACGAGCAAAUGAAGGCCCUGGGCAUCGAGGAGCAGAGUGGCGGUGCCGCCCGAGACGCCGGCAAGGCCAAGGAGGAGGAGAAGAAGGAGCCCCCGUUGGUGUUCGAGCCGGUGACGCUGGAGUCGCUGCGCCAGGAGAAGGGCUUCCAGAAGGUCGGCAAGAAGCAGAUCAAGGAGCUGGACACGCUGCGCAAGAAGCACGCCAAGGAGCGCACCUCCGUCCAGAAGACCCAGAACGCCGCCAUCGACAAGCUCAUCAAGGGCAAGAGCAAGGACGACAUCCGGAACGAUGCCAACAUCAAGAACGCCAUCAACGAUCAGACCAAGCAGUGGACGGACAUGAUCGCCAGGCACCGCAAGGAGGAGUGGGACAUGCUGCGCCAACACGUCCAGGACUCGCAGGAUGCCAUGAAGGCACUGAUGCUCACCGUUCAGGCGGCCCAGAUCAAGCAGCUCGAGGAUCGACAUGCCAGGGACAUUAAGGAUCUGAAUGCCAAGCAGGCCAAGACCUCGGCCGAUACCGCCAAGGAAGUGCAGAACGACAAGACGCUGAAGACCAAGAACGAGAAGGAUCGUCGCCUGCGUGAGAAACGUCAAAACAAUGUGAAGCGUUUCAUGGAAGAGAAAAAGCAAAUCGGUGUUAAGCAGGGCCGUGCCAUGGAGAAACUAAAGCUGGCCCAUUCGAAGCAGAUCGAGGAAUUCAGUACCGAUGUGCAAAAGCUUAUGGACAUGUACAAAAUCGAGGAGGAGGCCUAUAAGACGCAAGGAAAAACGGAGUUUUAUGCCUAAAAAAUACCGCGAUCGCAGGUCAAAGGUUAGAAAUUGCAAAACCGAAAAUUUCAAAAAAUUAUGGGAGCACCACAAAAAAAAAAAUCAAACUAUUAAUGAAUGUAUUAGAUGAUAAUCCAGAAGAUGCUAAAAGGAUAAGCGGGAAAGAAGCAAAACAUAUAUACUUCUUUAUAUACUGUAUUUACACACACAUACACAGCCACACUCACACAAACACACAUAACCUAUAAACAUACAUAUAUACUUAAAAAAAACUAGAAUUGAAAAAAAAACUGGAGAGUCAACACUUUGUGCUUUAUAUUUAUUUAAGAUUCUGAAACUGUGUAAGAGGAUCGUUAUAACGGUCAGAGGAAGGACAUAAAAAAUUAUGCAAAAAAAAAACUAAAAAGAUUAUUGUGUGAGUGUGUGGAUAAAAAGAACUCUUAAUGGGGCUUAUCAAAAAUAAGCAUACACCCCUCUCUCGAAUCCAUUGUAUUUUAAUUUGAAUAACUAAACAAAGAUUACUAAAAAUAAUACCAAAAAUAAUACUUUAUAGGUAUUUUGUGCUAACAACACAAUAAAGGUACACCGAUAAGUUUAGACCACUAACUUCUCUCACAUAACUGUUAGUUUCAGGGCUGUAUUUGAAAAAGAAAAUCUUUACAACACUGCACUUUCAUACACAGUCUUUACCCCCCCAGAACCCCGAUAGAAAAAUGAAUUAAAACAAGAAAUUCGUACGUUUCAAGUGAACUACUUACAUGAGUUUCCGAUUUUCCACCUAAUAGCUUAAAAUAAAUAAAAACAAAAAAACUAUUUUCAAAAAAGAAGAAGUCGAACCCAUAACCCAAACACUUAGAUCUUCAUAUAUACAGGCUAUAUAUUGUACUUAUUUUCCAACAAAAAAACCAAACAAAGAGAAAGAAAACCAUAAGGUCAAAUCAAAAGCAUUUCUUUUGAUAAUAAUAAAUGUAAUAGAAUAAAAAAUCAACUAAAAUGCAU